UUAAUUACUCACGGAAAUUCGCUACUUGUACAUGUGUUGGUGUCCAACAAAAUCAAUAACAAUGAUGAUUUUGUUGUCUCUGUCCUCUUUUAUUCUUUAACGAUUAAAACUGCUCUCUCUCUCUCUCUCUCUCUGUGUAUGUAAAUAUUGUAUACCCUGCCUUUGUAGAAUAGUUACCUAGUCGCUUUUGUAGAGUUUAUUUGGCUUUAAUGGUCAUUUAAUGGUAAUGCCGUUGUAUUUUCCUUGACAGGACAAAGUGUAAGUUAUUAUAAUUAUUGAAAAAAAUUAAAAAAUAACAAAAAAAAAAAAACAAAAAAAAACAUGAUGGAAAUCGCAAAAAGAGCUAGAAUGGAUUACGAUGAUAUGCCAUUAGAUUUAAGCAUUAAAAAGAGUGAACACAAAAGAGACAAUGAAAUAUUUGUUGUGCCAAGAGUACCACCUCAGAUAAUUAGCAUUUCCGACAGAAUUUUGGCGUUUGAGUGCGCGCUUUCACAAAAGUUAAGAUACAUCAAUUUCAAUUUUCCCGUCGAGUAUGUAUACAACCCCAUAGAAUAUGCAUUUCAAAGUCAUGCCAUGUACGUAACUAAAUACUGCCGAUCAACGAAAAAAAUUCUCUUCCUUGGCAUGAAUCCUGGACCCUGGGGUAUGUCCCAGACAGGUGUGCCGUUUGGCGAAGUAAACAUUGUUAGAGAUUGGUUGAAAAUUAGUGGUAACGUUGGAAAACCUAUUCGGGAACAAGCUGACAGACUGGUAACAGGGUUUAAUUGUACACGUAGUGAAAUUAGUGGAAGAAGAUUUUGGAAUUUAUUUAGAGAACUGUGUAACGAAGAUCCCGAAAAGUUCUUCAGAAACGCUUAUUUGCACAACUAUUGCCCAAUCGCUUUGAUGGAUGCUGGAGGUCGUAACAUCACUCCUGCAGAGCUUAAGGGUCCCGAACAGUAUACUUUAUAUUCAGCUUGCGAUGAAACACUGGUGGCUGUGCUCAAAUUACUCAAAGUUGAGAUUGUACUGGGAGUAGGAAGGUUUGCAGAGAAACGGGCACAGACAAUCAUCAAGACCACGGGACUUCCAAUCAAGGUGCUGUGUAUUCCCCAUCCAAGCCCUAGAUCGGUAGGUAAUGAAAACUGGAACGAAAAAGCCAAACACAAACUGCGAGAAUACAACUUGAUGGAAUAUUUCUCCAAUUAAGCUUGAAAUUCCAUAGACCUAAGCUACUAACAUUAAACGAUUCUAAUGUUAAUUGCCAAAUCGAUCUCAUUUUUUAAGUUUUAUUAAGAUUUAACGCAAUCAAUAGUUAUUCAUUUAUUAAAUUUGUUGUAAUAUUUUUU